GGCAGCAAAGGCCUGAGUAGGGUCCUGCCUGAGAGACAGGACCCAGGUUUGCAGGUCCCUGAACUGUCUGUUCUCUCCCUCUCUCCUACAGGAUGAAGAUGAGACGCUACAAGCUCUUUCUCAUGUUCUGUAUGGCCGGCCUAUGUCUUAUCUCCUUCCUGCACUUCUUUAAGACCCUGUCCUACGUCACCUUUCCCCGGGAACUGGCCUCCCUCAGUCCUAACCUCGUGUCCAGCUUCUUCUGGAACAAUGCCCCCGUCACGCCCCAGGUCAGUCCCGAGCCGGGUGGCCCUGACCUGCUGCGCACCCCGCUCUACUCCCAUUCGCCCUUGCUCCAGCCAUUGUCUCCGAGCAAGGCCACUGAGGAGCUCCACCGGAUGGACUUUGUGCUGCCUGAGGACACCACAGAAUAUUUCAUCCGCACCAAAGCGGGAGGCGUCUGCUUCAAGCCAGGUACCAAGAUGCUGGAGAAGCCGCCACCGGGGCGGCCAGAGGAGAAGCUAGAUGGCGCGGAUGGCUCUUCCGCCCGGGGUCCCUCUCGCCACCUCCUGAGCACCAAGGAGCGGCCAGGGAGCCGGGGUACGCGGCGCAAGUGGGUGGAGUGCGUGUGCCUGCCUGGCUGGCACGGACCCAGCUGCGGGGUGCCCACCGUGGUGCAGCACUCGAACCUGCCCACCAAAGAGAGACUGGUGCCCAGGGAGGUGCCGCGGCGGGUCAUCAACGCCAUCAACAUCAACCAUGAGUUUGACUUGCUGGACGUGCGCUUCCAUGAGCUGGGUGAUGUGGUGGACGCCUUCGUGGUGUGCGAAUCCAACUUCACUGCGUACGGGGAGCCGCGGCCGCUCAAGUUCCGCGAGAUGUUGGUCAACGGCACCUUCGAAUACAUCCGCCACAAGGUGCUCUAUGUCUUCCUGGACCAUUUCCCGCCCGGGGGCCGGCAGGACGGCUGGAUCGCUGAUGACUACCUGCGCACCUUCCUGACACAGGAUGGCGUCUCCCGGCUGCGCAACCUGCGUCCCGACGACGUCUUCAUCAUCGACGACGCAGAUGAGAUCCCCGCCCGAGACGGUGUCCUCUUCCUCAAGCUCUAUGACGGCUGGACGGAACCCUUCGCCUUCCACAUGCGCAAAUCGCUCUACGGCUUUUUCUGGAAGCAGCCGGGCACCCUGGAGGUGGUGUCGGGUUGCACCGUGGACAUGCUGCAGACAGUCUAUGGGCUGGAUGGCAUCCGCCUGCGCCGCCGCCAGUACUACACCAUGCCCAACUUCCGACAGUAUGAGAACCGCACGGGCCACAUCCUGGUGCAGUGGUCACUGGGCAGCCCGCUGCACUUUGCCGGUUGGCACUGUUCCUGGUGUUUCACCCCCAAGGGCAUCUACUUCAAGCUCGUGUCCGCCCAGAAUGGUGACUUCCCCCGCUGGGGGGACUAUGAGGACAAGCGGGACCUCAACUACAUCCGGAGCCUGAUCCGCACCGGAGGCUGGUUUGAUGGCACCCAACAGGAGUACCCGCCAGCUGAUCCCAGUGAACACAUGUACGCCCCUAAGUACCUGCUCAAGAACUACAAUCAGUUCCGCUACCUGCUGGAAAACCCCUACCAGGAGCCCAAGAGUACGGUGGCAGGCAGUCAGCGGAACAAGGAUGCCCAGGGCAGGCCACUGGCCAGGGGAGAGUUGGACGCGGUGGAAGGCUAAGGCUGCGUGA